CAACGUGGACUCUGUCCCCAGGGACAGAAACAAAUCAGUGAGGGCCUCUUCAGCCCGGAGCUGGGCUCCUCAGCUCAGUGUUGCCAGAGCUUGGGGCAGAGAAACAUGGAGUCCAACACAAUCCAGCUGACAAGGAUGGACUAUGCCAUGAAGUCUCUCAGCCUUCUGUACCCCAAGUCACUGUCCAGGCAUGUGGCAGUGAGCACUGCCGUGGUCACCCAACAGCUGGUGUCUAAGCCCAGCCGGAAAGCCCCCAGGGCGAGGCCCUGUCGAGUUAGCACGGCAGAUCGGAAGGUUCGCAAAGGCAUCAUGGCUCACAGCCUGGAGGACCUCCUGGGCAAGGUCCAGGACAUCUUGAAGCUUAAAGACAAGCCCUUCUCCCUGGUGCUGGAGGAAGACGGCACGGUUGUUGAGACAGAAGAAUACUUCCAAGCCCUAGCAAGAGAUACUGUAUUCAUGGUCCUGCAGAAGGGGCAGAAGUGGAAGCCCCCGUCAGAACAGCACAAGAAGAGACCCCAGCAAGCCCUUUCCCAGAAGCCCACUAAGAAGAUCGACGUGGCCCGGGUGACCUUCGACCUAUACAAGCUGAACCCUCAGGACUUCAUCGGCUGCCUGAACGUGAAGGCGACCCUCUAUGACACAUACUCGCUUUCCUAUGACCUGCACUGCUACAGGGCCAAGCGUAUCGUGAAGGAAAUGCUCCGCUGGGCCCUCUUUAGCAUGCAGGCCACAGGCCACAUGCUGCUUGGCACCUCCAGUUACAUGCAGCAGUUCCUGGAUGCCACUGAGGAAGAAGAGGCUUCCAAGGCCAAGACCUCCUCCCUCCUCCCCGCCUGUCUGAAGAUGCUUCAGUGAAGACCUGAGUCCUCAGAGGCCUUCCCCAGCCAAGGAUGUGACUGGGGACCCUGCACUCUGCUUAGAAGCACCCACAAGCCUGGCAGCUGGAGAGCUUCUCACCCACCUGCACCUCUCUCACAACACAGCACCAAGGAAACUGCAGGAAGGGCUGGAGUCACAGGAGAACUUCCUGGCCAGGCCCAGCUCCUGCCUUCCUGUCACAGGUAGCUUUAGGGGACCAGCACUUGUCCAUGGCAGGCUGUGGCACAAAGUCUGCCACUCUGGCUUCACAUGCCACAGCUAUGUGCCAAUCCCUUUCUGCUGUCCCCUCCUGCCCUGCCCUGGACCAUGCUCACCAUGCAGCAGACACUGCUGUGGUGACCUCCAGAAUACUUUGACACCACCAAAGACCACAAGAUGAACCCCGCAGUGACAGCGAGGCCUAUGGUUAUGGUGUGGAAAGAGUUAACACUUUGUAGUAGAAGAAAAGGAGGGGGGAUCAGGGGGGCCUCUCUCCUGAAAUCCUAGUCAUUCCUCCCUCCAGCCCCCCAGCUGUUCAUGAUCUUGGGGGAUGCUAGAGCGUAUAAGAGAUAGUAGGUUAACUAAAGCCAGGAUGGCAUUGAUGCAGAUUUUGGGGGGCCCUCACCUGUGUGAGGGAGGGACUUUGGGGUAAUGCAGAUGAUUUGGAGUCACCCAGGUCCCUCCUGAAAGUAACUAGUAAACUCACCGGUUCACCAAGCUGGACUUGGAAUGAAUCGUGGCUUUGUCUGUCAUCCGUGCCCUUCCUGUGCCAAAUGGAUAGAGUUUAUGUCCCCAGGACAGUCACACAAUUCCUCCUCUUGUUCUCAGUCCCCACUAAUGUAUGGUAUUAGAGUCUGAAGUAAAUUAUUUGUGCUGAUACCUCA